AUGGAGGUAACACCGGAAGCCACCAAGGCCUUCCAGGCCACUAAGACUAUUGGUAUCAUUGGUUUGGGAGAUAUGGGCUACCUAUAUGCUAGGCGCUUUAGUGAAGCUGGGUGGAAGGUUGUGGCCUGUGACAGGGAAGAUGUGUUCGAGCAAACGAAGGAAACAUUCAAGAAUGACAAGUUUCAAAUCAUGAAGAAUGGGCAUUUCGUCUCCAGAAUAUCUGACUACAUCAUAUACAGUGUCGAGGCCGAGAACAUCCAUAAAAUUGUUUCAUUGUAUGGACCAUCCACUAAGUUGGGAGCGAUAGUUGGGGGCCAAACAUCGUGCAAAGAACCUGAAAUCAAUGCUUUUGAAAGUAUUCUCCCAGAUGAUGUCGACAUCAUAACACUUCACUCUCUUCAUGGGCCCAAGAUCAGCACUACUGGCCAACCGUUAGUGUUAAUUAAUCAUAGAUCGACAGGUAAUAACUUCCAAUUCAUCCAAUGUUUAGUGUCAUGUCUUAAGUCGAAGGUAGUGUUCUUAUCUGCCAAAGAACACGACAAGAUCACUGCUGAUACUCAAGCUGUCACUCAUGCAGCAUUUUUAUCUAUGGGGCUGGCAUGGAGAUGUUCCGAUCAAUACCCUUGGGAAACUCCAAAAUGGAUAGGAGGCAUAGAGAAUGCCAAGAUCAAUAUAUCCUUGAGAAUUUUCUCAAAUAAAUGGCAUGUUUACGCAGGGUUGGCAAUUACGAAUCCUUCUGCUCACGAUCAAAUUUUGCAAUAUUCCAAAUCAACCACAGCGCUAUUCGUGUUAAUUCUCGAAGGGAAGAAGAAGGAGUUGAGAGAACGAUUAUUGAAGGCUAAAGAAUUUGUUUUCCGUCACAUAUCUGACCAUGAUCUUUUGUUGGAUGAUGACAUUUUACAAAAAUUUAGUCUUAGUAAAGACCCUCCUGGUGGAAGACAACCAAAUUCACACUUGUCUUUGCUUGCAAUUGUUGACAGUUGGUAUAAUUUGGAUAUUGUGCCUUAUGACCAUAUCAUUUGUUCUACACCUUUGUUCAGAAUAUUUUUGGGUGUCACCGAGUAUUUGUUCUGCACACCCGGUUUGUUGGACGAAUGCAUUGAUGUGGCGAUAAACCAAGACAUGUUCAGACACGAGGACUUGGAAUUUUCGAUAGCAGCUAGAAACUGGUCGAGUAUCGUUUCCUUUGGAAACUUUGAGCUUUACAAACAAGAGUUUGAAAGAAACCAACGAUUCUUCGAACACAUGUUGCCGGAAGCAAAUGCUAUCGGAAAUGAAAUGAUCAAGGUGAUAUUGGAAAGGGUGAGCGAAAGAGAAUCAUAG